AUGGGUUACAACACUCCACGGUCACGUGAGAGGGCCGGAAGCUCCGCUAACUUGCACUCGUUCGCUCACGCAAUUUGUGCCAUGAGUAAAAACGGUUUUGCUCAGCUGCCCGCCUCUGCACUCGUUGCACUUCUGACGUCAAUUGCCAUAUCGCUAUGGUCUCAUAUUCAUUCAAUUGGUAUUUUACUUUCCAUAACACCUGCUGCAUCACAGCAAUCGUAUAGAACCAAAAUGGCUUCAUUGAUGGCUGCCAAAGUUCUUUCAGACCGGGUGGCCGUCGUGUCUGCAUCAACUAAGGGUAUCGGCUUCGCAAUUGCUAAACGUCUAGGGCUAGACGGAGCAUCCGUGGUUGUCAGCAGCAGAAAGCAGAAAAAUGUAGAGGAAGCUGUCGAAGCCUUAAGACUAGAGGGUAUCGAUGCUUCCGGAUUGACAGCACAUGUUGGACUAAAAGAAGAUCGAAAGAGAUUAAUUAACUUUGCGAUCGACCAGUAUGGCAAACUUGAUAUCCUCGUAUCUAACGCUGCUGCUAAUCCACAUUUUGGUGACAUCAUGAGCAUAUCCGACUCACAGUGGGACAAACUUCUCACAGUUAAUGUGCGAUCGGCUCUUCAACUUACCCAAGAAGCCGCUCCUCAUUUGGAGUCCAGCGGUAGGGGCUGUGUUGUCUUGGUGUCAUCUGUUGCUGGCUACGCACCUAUCGAUGGACUUGGAGCUUAUUCGGUUAUGAAAAGCACCCUCAUUGGUCUCAACAAGGCUUUGAGUCAGUCUCUUGCCCGACGGAACAUUCGAGUCAACGCAAUUGCACCAGGCAUUAUUCGGACAGACUUCAGCCGAGCACUGUAUGCAAACGAAGUAGAUCAUGAGAACUGGCUCCGCUCCAUCCCCCUUAAUCGGCUAGGACAAGCUGAAGAGUGCGCAGAUGCUGUAGCGUUCUUGGUAUCUGACGAAGCCAGUUACAUAACCGGUGAAACUAUAGGUGUGAACGGUGGUAUGCAUGCCCACAUUUAA